AAUGUCCAUCGUAGCCAUUCAACUUGGCCAGUGUGGCAACCAAAUUGGACGUGAAGUGUUUGAUACCAUCUACACAGACCUCCACAGCUCCCAGGGGUUCUGCUCCAAGAAAGAGAAUGACUCUUACCAGGCAGCUUGUAAAGAGCGUUUCUUUGAGGAAAAAGCUGGAGGUAUGGUUGCCCGGGCUGUUCUGGUCGACAUGGAACCCAAAGUGAUCAACCAGACUUUAUCCUCCGCCUCAAGAACUGGGAACUGGAGAUACGGCCCCCAGUCUGCCUUCUGUCAGAAACAAGGAUCUGGAAACAAUUGGGCAAAUGGUUACCGCGUCCACGGCCCCAAACACGAAGAGGCGAUCAUGAACCUCAUUCAGACGGAAGCAGAGAAGUGCGACCGGCUCGGAGGCUUCUUGAUGAUCAUGAGCAUGGCUGGUGGGACGGGGUCAGGCCUGGGGGCCUUUGUGACGGCAGCCCUACGAGAGGCUUAUCCACACUCCUUCCUGCUCAACCAUGUUAUCUGGCCGUACGGAACCGGAGAGGUGAUUGUCCAAAAUUACAACUCCGUCUUGACGCUCUCCCACUUAUACCAAUCUUCGGAUGCUCUUCUGGUGCACGAGAACGACGCCGUCCAUAAGAUCUGCCUGCAGCUGAUGAACAUCAAGCAGAUUUCUUUCCAGGAUGUCAAUCGAGUGAUCGCACAUCAGCUGGGUAGCGUCUUCCAGCCGGCCUACUCCUCUGAAGGGGCGGCUCACUACAGCAGGUCACCUCUAGGGGACCUGAUGGAAGCUUUAGUUCCCCAUCCCGAGUUCAAGGUGCUAGGCCUCAGGAAUAUCCCUCAAAUGUCGGAAAAUUCCCUUGCUUACACUACCUUUGCUUGGCCUGGGCUCCUGAAACACCUCCGGCAGAUGCUCAUUGCAAACGCCAAAAUGGAAGAAGGUAUUGACUGGCAGGUGCGGCCUCCAACCAGCAGACUUCCUGCAGCUGAGAAGCCCUCGUUAAAUCGGGCGGCUAAUUUCAAUACUUCGAUUGCCAAUUUGGUCACUCUGCGAGGCAAGGACGUACAGUGUGCAGACCUGGGGGGCUUCCAAGAUCCAGCUUUGUACACUUCCUGGCUGAACCCUCCGGAGGCCUUGCGCAUCUGGAGGACGCCCAGAGCUUUUAACAAGUAUGAAAAAUCAGCCUGUCUGGUCAGCAAUAGCCAGUUUUUGCUCAAUCCGCUCAACAGCCUAGUGGGAAAAGCCUGGAAAAUGUUUGCUUCCAAGGCUUACAUCCACCAGUAUUCAAAAUUUGGAAUUGAAGAAGAAGAUUUUCUGGGCUGUUUCACCACCUUGGAACAAGUGAUUGCCAGCUACAGCAACCUCUGAUCCCCCAAAGCCCGUACGUUCUCCGUGCCUUUUCCAAGAGGAUCAAAACCGCGAUUGAGGAUGGGCUACCGGGCACCCAUCCCAACGGAAGCACAUGGAUUCUGUAGUGCCUUGCCAGUGCCAGAACUUCCAUACCCACGGAGGCACUUCCUAGGAGGUGCACAUUUUCGAUGGAGGAAGUACGUUCAA